AUGGAGAGACCCCUGUGGCUUCGUUGGCUAAGAGUCUAUGCGUUUGGUGGUGCUAUAAUUGCAACAGGUGCAGUUCUAUUCAAAUAUACCACACCAACGGAUGAAGAGCUCAUCAAGGCGCUAUCUCCGGAGCUGAGAUUACAGUUCGAACGUGAACGGCAACUACGUCAAGCCGAGCAGCAAGAGUUGAUGAAGAUUGUUAGGGAGACCGCCAAAAGCGACGAUCCAAUUUGGAAAACAGGUUCCAUAGAUUCGCCAUGGGAAAGAAACAGUAGUCAGCAAUCUCGUGAGCAGUUCCAGCGUCUCAAAGCCGAGGAGAUACAGCGCGAGGAACUACAGCGCAUCAGAGGGGAGCUUCAACAAAUAAGACAGGAAAGUGUGGUGAAAACGCACGAGAGUGUACAGAAACAAAAUUGGUGGAAGUUCUGGUAG